UAAGCCGUGGGUUUGGUUGCACACAGGCUGCAGUUUCAGUUUGUUUUAUUCACCAUUUUGAGUAGCUGAAGGGAAAAAAUUUAAGAAUAUUUGCGUUUGGAGGACAAGUCGCUGUCGUCUUUUUAUUUUCACGCGCUAGUUCGGACGGUGGAGUUGUGCACCAGGCUCGCUCCCCUCGGUGUUUUGCAGAGCGGGAACCGAUAUUUCUUCCCCCCCUGUGCUUUUUUUUCUUCCCCCCAUCCUUAACCUCUACAGUAUUCCUGCAAAAUGUCAAGACCAGUGAGGAACAGGAAAGUGGUGAACUACUCACAAUUCAACGAGUCAGAUGAUGCAGAUGAGGAGUAUGAUGACAGUAAGCCUAAGAAGGUGCGCGCAGCCCCUCGUGAGCCCAAGCACAAGCGUUCAAAGAACUCACAGGAUGACAGUGAGGACUCUGAUGAAAAGGUCUCUAAACCCAAAAAUGAUUCAGCAGCAGAGGACUUUGGCAGUGAUGAAGACAAUGAAUUUGGAGAGGAAGAAGAUGAAGAUGGAGGAAGUGACUAUGAAGAAAAAAAAGGGAAAAAGCCUAAGAAAGCCAAGGUUGAGAAGCCACCCAAGAGAGGGCCAAAGAGAAAACGGGCUGCAGAAGACAGUGAUGAUGAGCGGGAAGUGAGUCGAAAGCGUACAGUGCGUCAGGCGGCUUCCAAGGCUGUGUCCAAACAGAGGGAGAUCUUGCUGGGCGACGCAGGCAGCGAGGACGAGGAGCACGAAGACCAAGAGGAGCCCUACCUGGACCCUGAUGAGUCUGGCAGUGAUGAGGACUUCAUGGUGGAGGAUGAUGAUGACAGUGACUAUGGUCACUCCAAGAAGAGAAGCAAGAAGGUGAUUCGACGGGGACGGCCGGACAAGAAAGAGAAGAAAAGCCCCAAACCCCGAUUAAAGGCCACAGUGACACCUAGCCCGAUGAAAGGAAAAGGGAAGGGCCGUCCCAGCACCAAGGCCGUGGAGAAGAGCUCACCCAAAGAGGAGGAGGAGGAGGAGGAGGAGGAGCCCGAGAGUCCCCUGGAGGAGGAAGAGGAGGAGGCCAAGAAGAAAGAGACCUCCCCUGCCCCCAAAACGACAAAGGAGGCCGCAGGAGGAGAUGAAGAGGAGGAAGAUGAAGAGGAGGAGGAUGGCUCAGAAGAGGAGGCACCCUCUGGAGAAGACUAGAAGAUGGUACAUGUUUGAAGCCCAUCCUCCAUGUCUCUCUCUCUCUCUCUCUCCCUCUCUCCUUCUCUUCUCUAUGUUUUGUUUUGGUUUUUUGUUAUUGUUUUCCUCCUGGUGGCCUGGCUCAAUGGUUUGGACUUGGUGUGCUUUUUCUUGUUUGCCCCGUCCCCUUACCCCCCCGUCCCCUCAACUCGGACAUUGUGCUCAUGUGAUCAUUAAAGAGGAGAUUUACUGUCGAAAUUCAGCCCCACCCUCCUUUUUUUCCGCAUUUCAGUGUAAAUCUGAGAUUUUAUUUUACCUUUCCAAGAGCUGCAUCCUUGUUAGCAUCCGUCCUGAGUAUGAACUUGCAAGUUCACCAGUGUGGGUUUGUUUUUUCUUCUUUUUUCCCCCCUUUUACAUGGAUCAUCAGUGAUCUGGCAUGACUGGCCACACUACUUUUUCCUUCUUGACUUUUCAGAAUACUGGGAGUAUUUUUCAGAGCUCCUCAUUGUCAACAACUAAAGCGCUGUAUUUACAAAGCCAACACACACGGGGCUGAAGCUUUUCCUCUCUCUUCUCUGGUACUUGUGCUUUUAAACCAGGAGAAUGUUUUAACAGGACGACUUCAGUUAUUUGUUAGCCUUUUACUUUUUUUUCUUUUUUUUUUUUUAAACAAAAAAAAAACAAAGGAAAAAAAAAAAAACUUUUAAAGCUGUUCUUUCAGUCACAGCAGCAAUUUUUGAUUUUAUCUAAAUAUCACCCGCCUCUUUCAGAUGAUUCCAUGCCGUGAACUCUUGUGUGGCUGCUGUGUGGGGAAGUGAAGCGCAUUAUUUUGAUAAGUAUUCCACUUGUAGCGGCUGCUUGUUAGAUCAAACAGCCUGAGGUGUGUUAGUGUCAGAGUGGUGGGUCGCUGCUGCCACUAUCACACCAUAUCACGCUAACAACACGUGUGUGUGUGUUCUUUUUAUGUACUUGUUUAAAUCUGUAUGCCUGUGGGUUACUUCCUGUAAGAGGGUGUGGCUUUGCUCCUCUCUCAGUCCAUUGGCUGCCUCUGUGAAACGGUUUUUGUUGUUAUAUGUUAGGCUUUCUAAUCAUACACCAUGCUGCGUGAAGCAACCCACACCUUCUCACCACACACUAACCUCCCCCUCCCUGCAUGGCUCCGGCAUCCUCUCAUUCAACCUGUUGUGCCAGGCAACCCCAUAUCUUUUUUUUUUUUUUUUUU